CGACUGACGGCCACUGGAAGCUUCGUACAUAUAGUUGUCAGCUACACCGCAGGCGUCUCUUCGCUCGCGAAAACAGUCUCGGCUAACAAGUGUUUACACACGCUAUAAACGUAACAGCGUAGUCUAGUCAUUGCCGUAACUUUGUUGAUGUCGCGCGAACGUAAACUCGAUAUAAAAAUGUCGAGGUUCCAUCGGCUGCUGCAGCUAAUCUAUCUUAUGCUGAUCGCCAGUCGCUGUCAGGCGAAAAUCACUGGCAAACCGGAUAGCUCGUCGACUGCCACUCCGGUGGUACUUUGGCACGGGAUGGGCGACAGCUGCUGCUUCCCCUUCAGCCUCGGCCAGAUCAAAGCGAUCCUGGAGGAGCGGAUCCCGGGCGUUCGCGUCAAGUCCGUGAAAAUUGGCGAUAGUCUUGCGCAGGACGUGGAGAACAGCUACUUCAGAAACGUUAACGAGCAAGUGCGUCAGGUGUGCGAGGAGCUGGCCCAGGACGAGACUAUGAGGCACGGAUACAACGCCAUUGGAUUCUCUCAAGGAGGGCAAUUUUUGAGAGCGGUGGCCCAGCGAUGCCCGGAGCCGCCGAUGCUGAAGCUGAUAACGCUGGGCGCGCAACAUCAAGGCGUUUACGGGCUGCCCAACUGCGCCUCGCUCGAGCACUAUCUGUGCAACCAUCUGCGCCAAGUGCUGCACUACGCGGCCUACUUCAAGUUUAUCCAAGACAAGCUCGUCCAAGCGGAAUACUGGCACGAUCCAAUGAAGGAGGACGAUUACAAGAGGAGGAGCAUCUUCUUGGCCGAUAUCAACAACGAGCUACGUAUCAACGAGACUUACAAGCGGAAUCUGAAGCGCCUGGAGAAGCUGGUGCUGGUGAAAUUCGAGAACGACACGAUGGUCGAGCCGAGGGAGUCCGAGUGGUUCGGCUUCUACAAGCCCGGGCAGGCCGUGGAGACCGAGAGCCUGCGGGAGUCGGCCAUUUACAAGGAGGAUCGACUGGGUCUGAGAGAGAUGGACGAGGAUAACAAGCUGCACUUCUUAUCAGUGGAGGGCAACCAUCUGCAGUUUACCGACGCAUGGUUCGUCGAGAACGUGAUCGAGAAGUACCUCAAGUGAAACGCCGCUCGAUCUCUCUUUAUUUUUGGUAAUUGUCACGGCCCGCAGGGGCCAGCCGAUCCUGUAAGCUUUUGUACGAAUAAAGAGAAAGAGAAAAGAAAGCAU